UCCCCAUUCAGAUCCCUCUACUGGCAAUUGCAACAUAUAUAUUUCUAUAAAACCUGGGAGGGAGGAGCUCUUGGGGGUCUAACAAUUUGUGACAAUUGUCUCUCAAAACAUGGUUGUAUCAAACCAAAUCCACCUUGGCUUCAUUGCUUUCACAUUUUUUCUUCUCUUCUGGGAUGCAUCACCCAUUGCAGCUUCCAAAUUUACCAAUGAGCUGGGACAUCCCAUAGAGUUUGAAUUUGGUAACGGGGAUAGAGGACCGGAACACUGGGGAGACCUCAAGAAAGAAUGGAGUACAUGUAAGUAUGGAAAACUACAAUCACCAAUAGAUUUGAGGGAUGAUAUUGCCCUCAAAGUUAUCAACCUUGAUGAGCUUUCAAUCAGUUACAAGCCUACCGAAGCCUUGAUGAAGAAUGAAGGUCAUGCUAUAUCGGUUGUAUGGGAGGGCGAUGCAGGAGGAGUCAUGAUCAACGGCACAGAAUACAUUCUCCACCAAUGCCAUUGGCACGCCCCCUCCGAGCACACCAUGAAUGGCAUAAGGUAUGAUGCGGAGCUGCACAUGAUUCACAAAGACAAGAAAAAUCGUGUAGCCGUCGUUGGAUUCCUCUACAAAAUUGGCAAACCCAAUCCCUUUAUCUCAGAGGUGAAAAAGGCGAUAUCGUCUAUGAUUAAGAAACCGAAGGCGGUACCGUUGGGAGUAAUCGAUCCAAGGAAAAUGAAGAAGGCUCAGAAAGCGCAUCAGGAUGCAGCGAAGAGGAAGAUGAAGAAGAAGACCUCAAAAUUUUACAGAUACACAGGAUCAUACACAACCCCACCUUGCACCGAAGGAGUUACUUGGACCAUAAACAAACAGGUACAUACUGUUUCACCAUCACAAGUGGAGUUGCUUCACAAGGCCGUUUACAAGUAUGCGGAGAUGAAUUCAAGACCGGUACAACCUCUCAAUUACCGGGAGGUCAAGCUCCACGGUUCAUCGUUCGUCAAGUGAGACGGGCGUAACUAACAACCUCCGAAAAUUUGAGGAAAAUAAACUUUACUUUUCAGCUGUAAUAAACCAGCGCUUGCACAUUUUGAUUAAGAUGCAUGGCAAAUUCUAUAUGUUCUCCAGAAG